AGCCCCGCAGCUCUUUAACUAAGCCGGGCGGUGAGGCCCACCGCCUUGGGAGGUACCUGCCCUCCUGAUCGGUUUUGAAACAGCAAGAAAAUCACGGCAUUUCUUUCUGCGUUCAGAAUUGACUUCUAUUCAUUUUUUAUUUCCUUCUCAUCCUGCAAAGCCUUUGGAAGGAGGACUUGGGUUAUUAUUUUUUUUUUUUUGGUGGGGGGAGGAAGGUGCCCGCCCAUGAUGCUAAGUGCCAACCCCUCACCGGCAAAGCCGGUUAAUGACACUGCGUGUAAGUAAUGUUUUAACGGUUGGCUCAUGUGUGUGUUUGUUUGUCUUUGAACCGCAAAACCAGCGGGGGGAAGUGUGGGCGCAAGUGGGCCGAGCGGCGGCCAGCAGCCUCGUGACGUCUCCCCGCCUCCCUGCGCCGCCCGAGCGGGGCUGCAGCAGCAUUUAAAUGCCGCGAGGUCCGGCCGGUCAGCAGAAGGCAGAGCAGCCUCGCUGGGGACGCUCAGGACCCGACGCUCCUCCAGCCGCCCAAAAAAGAAAUCAAUAUCAUGAGAACUGCCGUGAUCUGCCUAUGCCUCUUAGGCAUCGCCUCCGCCCUGCCCGUGAAGACCACGGACUCGGGCAGCUCGGAGGAGAAGCAGAAUACUGUAUCCACUGAGGACACAUACUACUUCAACCAAGAGACCCUCCCGAGUAAGUCCACCGAGAGCGAGGACCACACGGAUGACCUGGAUGACGACGACCAGGCAGACAGCCAGGAUUCCGUUGACUCCGAGGAUGCCGAUGAUGACGACGAUGACGACAACAACUCUGACCACUCUGAUGAGUCCGAGGAAACCACCACGGAUUCAUCCAUGGACGUCCCAGCCACUCUGGUUUUCACUCCAGCUGUCCCCACGAGAGACACGAAUGAUGGCCGCGGUGACAGUGUGGAUUACGGGCUGCGGCUGAAAUCUAAGAAGCUGCUGAGCUCUGAAACCCAGUACUCAGAGGACCUCAUGUCCCACAUGGAAAGUGACGAGGACACACAGGAGUCGGCCCCCAGCCUGCAGAUGACCUCCGACGGGGACAGCCACCAAGAGCCAGCCAAGUCGCCGGCCAGCCUGGAGUCCCACAGCCGAGAGUCGCAGAGCCUGGAAGGGGACGCGCAGUCACCGCGCGUGGAGGAGGCCCACCUCAAGUUCCGCGUCUCCCACGAGCUGGAGAGCGCGUCGUCCGAGGCCAAGUGAGGGAGCUGCCGCGCUCACUUUGCUCGCGCCCAGAGCAGGAGACACGUCGUCGCGGGGGUGGGGCCGUCCCGGUACUAACUCCUCAGAUACUUAGUGACUAUGUCUGUCUGCGGGUCCAGAAAUAGAUGUCGCUUUGUCCCCCUAGAGACCCGCUCCAUAACAUACCUCGUUCCCUAUACGCUUUGGGUUUGGACCAAGUUCUCCCCUAAUGAAAACUGUCACGCAUCUUCAGGGUUGCUGGUCUUGAGCAAUAGACACGUAUGCUGGAGCCAACUAGAUGCUUUCACAGACUAAUUCGAAAGGCUAUAAACUGGUGUCAUGAUAUUACUCUGUUUUAAAUUAGUGUUUAUUUGGUUGUGAUUAUUUUGUGUGAAUAAACGAGAUCUCAAAUUAA